AUGGUCAUCCCAAUGCCGGCAAUAGGUGCUCUGGAUGGUCAGCCCUCAGAGUAUGCGCUGUCGAGGCGCAGCUGGGUGAAGUGUGUUCUUUUGCUGCAGAGCUUGUUGUGUGUGGCUCGGCUAGUGGUAUUCUUGGACAUCUUUGGCUCGUACAUGAUGGGCUUCAUGCUCGUGCUCGGCUACCUUGGCAUUCGAGAAGACAUUCGCGUUGACCUUUUAUGCGCUUGGGGCAUGGUGUGCCUGAUGAUUGGCACCCAAGACGCAGUUUUGUUCAUCCACUCACUGGUCAACCCGAACUUCCCGCUCUCCUCACCUCAGAGUUCGACCGAAGCCACCAUCCAGAUCGUCGUCUUUUUUUCCAUGGUUGGAGUGACGCUUCUGGGAGUUCCACUGGCAUGGUGGCUUUUCCAGGACUGGGUUGCCAGGGAGCCACCGCCGCGUCCAGGGCAUCGAGGGCAAAGACGUGCCCGACUUGACCACGCAGGUGUGGAUGAGUUUCGAUACACGGAGCAUUCGGGCACCGCUGACGUGGCUGUGCCAUUUACUGCCUUCAUUGGGCAGGCUAGGAGACUUUCAUGA